AUGUAUCAUCAGAACCCACCACCUGAGGCAGUCCCUGCUGCGUUGCCAUCAUCUACUGCAAUAAAAAAUCGCAGAUGGUUUUCCGCAGUUCCAUUAAUUGCCUUAUGCUGUCUUGGGAUAUCAGGUUUCCUGUUAGUAGCAACUAUUGUUUUAGCCUUGAUACCUGUGUAUCUACCAAAACGUGCUGGUGGAGUAGUGGUAUCUGAAGCUAAUCAAACAUCAUCGGAAUUUUAUCUGGUAUAUAUGGUAAUUAAUGACGGAACAAAACGAGAAAUACGUGAAAAACGUGGGUAUUUUGAUGAUCCAAAAACUAGUUCUACACAACAAGAAAAAGAGCAGACAGCCGCACAAGUGAGUUACCGGAGUAGAGAUUGAUUGUUAGAAGUUGAGUUAAAAGACAUUGCACGAGUUCAUCGAGCAGCUUGCUACAGAAGGCAAAACAUGAAAAAAUGUAACAUCACUUUUUCAUUCGACUCUCCAUCCAAUUUUAGGGAUACGAAAAAGUCUUUAAAAAGUCAUAUCCAAACGAGUAAUAAAAGUUUUGCGAGAAGUGCUCAAAAAACCGACGGUAAAUCAAUUUUUCAGUAUUUUGAGACUUUUUCUUUUCUGUUUUCCACUCUAAGAUGUUGUAAUGUAUGAGUCGAUAGAGCAAAAAUGUUCUUCAAAAUUAGUUCAUUUUCAGUUCUCUCAACCAUACUUUGCUGUAGAAUGGGAUACUUUUGAAUUUUGAGUCUUUUAGAUAUUCGGAAAAAACUCAGAUUUCGAUUAAAUCUUUUCUGUUAAAUCAGAAGACAAAUUUCGGGGUUCCUCAGGGCUCCAUCCUGGGUCCACUGCUUUUUCUUGAUGACUUACCGCAAAAUCUGGAAUCCUUCUAUAAGCUUUAUGCUGAUGAUGUCUCUAUUUUACACUAUGGCUCAACUCUUCAACAAUCUACAGAUAUAUUAAAUAGAGAUCUUGAAAAGAUAUUACAGUGGUGUAUAAUGUGGCAAAUUUAUUUAAAUAUUAAUAAAUAUGAGGCUCAACUAUUCUCAAAACGAGCAAUUACUUCGAAUUCUUUUCCUCAUCUAAUAAUUCAACGGCAAUCGGUUAAGGAAGUUACGCUCCAUAAGCAUCUUGGACUAUUUUUUGCUUCUGAUCUCUCUUGGAAUUCCUAUAUGGACUACGCUAUCUGCAAAGUUAAUUCAAUCCAUAAUUAUGUGCGCCUUGUUAAAUGGAAUCUCAAUCGUGCUGCGCUCAGUUGCGUAUAUA